GAAGUCGCACCGGUCUGCUCUCUCGGCGUCCUUUGCGCGCGUAAAAAGUUUUCCCUCUAUUCCGAAACUUCCGAUCGCGGUGACAACACAUUCACGAUAAAACCGAUCGUAGUUCGUUUUAUUAUUUACAAAUAGUGUCUCUGCGAACUAUUUUACGAUAGUUUAAACUUUUUAAACUUUCUGAUUAGUUAGAUAUCGUUGCAUAUAUUUUUAUUUUAGUUCGACUUGUAGUGGUUUAUAAACAAGUCGUGGUUUCGAAUAUUAUGAUCUGUAAUGGGAUGCACGGUCGGUGACGUGUGGGCCCGAAGCCGGAUUCCUGAGGCUGUGAGCUUGAUGCUGCUGCAGAGCGAGGGCCGGGAGCGGCCAGCCAUGGAGGAGGAGUGCUCGGCGAGGCCAUGUGCCACCGACUUCUCCAUCGCAGCCAUUAUGGCCAGGGACAGACAGGAGAGACGGGAGCGCCGUAGACUUAGAGACCCUAGAGAAGACACUUUGACUCCAUUGGAAAAAUUCGUAGACGCUGCCGCGUCAGCCUCUGGGUCGCCCUCACCCCCCUUACCAGAAUACGAGCGUGAUUCGCCAGUAGAUGUGUCCUCUACAUCCGAAGCUGGGUCCAUGAGCGGCCCCGGGGGCUCCAGGGCCAUGUCCCCGACCCCCAGGAACCCGCAGUUGAUAGAACGAUGGUCCAGCGAUGAGAUGAAACACAUACAAUGUCACUUGGAAACUAAAGAGCUUUGGGAUAAGUUCAAUGAACUCGGCACUGAAAUGAUCAUCACUAAGACUGGGAGACGCAUGUUCCCGACGGUGCGCGUGUCGUUCGGCGGGUGCCGCGCGGAGGCGCGCUACGCCGUGCUGCUGGACGUGGUGCCGGUGGACGGCAAGCGCUACCGCUACGCCUACCACCGCUCCUCGUGGCUGGUGGCCGGCAAGGCGGACCCGCCCGCGCCCGCGCGCCUCUACCCGCACCCCGACUCGCCCUUCUCCGGCGACCAGCUGCGCAAGCAGGUCGUCUCCUUCGAGAAGGUCAAGCUCACCAACAACGAGAUGGAUAAGAAUGGACAGCUGGUACUAAAUUCCAUGCACAAAUACCAACCACGGAUCCACCUGGUGCUCCGACGGGAGGGCGCUAUCAACGCUCCAAUAACUGAUCUCGAACAAGAAGAAUUCAAGACGUUUAUAUUCCCCGAAUGCGUUUUCACCGCUGUCACAGCCUACCAAAACCAACUGAUAACAAAACUCAAAAUCGACAGUAAUCCAUUCGCAAAGGGAUUCCGCGACUCUUCUCGUCUCACAGAAUUUGAAAGAUUCUAUAUCACCGGAGAGCACGAAAGACCACCAACAUUCCCUGACGAUGCGCGUUUCAACGCGGCGAAUUAUAGGGAGACAAUGGAGUCGAUGUUGGCGGAACAACACUAUUUAAGAUCGCCUUUGCGGCCGUUCGAUCUCGAUCAGCACAACAAUAAUUUGACACUGGAGGAGAAAGCGAUACUGGCCGCUCGGUCACAACUGUUCCUAAGAGCUGCUUAUCCUCUGUAUGGAGUACCUGCGGCCGCUCUCUGGGGUCAAUGGGCAUGUUUAGCCCCGCAGCUUCUAGCUCAGCAGCAUUUGGCAUCUGGAUCGGGGCUACAGCUACCUCGGCCGGUGUAUCCAGGGGGAGUGCCCGCGCCUCUGUCGCAGCACCGGUUCUCUCCAUACCCUCCGCGAAGGUCAUCGCCAGGGUCGUCGCCGGACUCGUUGCGGGACCCCAGCCCUCACCCCCUCCCCCCACAUCCUCCGCACACGCCUCACCCCCCACAUAGUCCGACUUAAAUCUUCUUAGAUCUUGUAUAAAAACAAAUUAUUUAUCAGUAUAGUGAUGUUCUUGGACAGAAUGGGUAGAGCUUGUCAGGGCAAAUGAAUCAUUUGUGAUCAAUAUUUAAAAGACUAUUUUAUGUUUAAACGUGCUUGAUUUUGGUGAUUUUAAUAUUAUAACUAGCAAAUAAAUUAACUAGUACAAUAAUGUACAAAUGUAAUAUUUACGCGUAAUCUGAAAACAAUAAGAUUUGAACUAAAAUGCAAUUGCUACAAUAUAAAAUAUUAUCUCAAAUGUGGUUUUCUCAUUGUAAGCUAGCAUCGCAUCGUAGCAUACUUGUUUAGAGCUAGAAGAUACUCUUGCAAAAAUACAGUUUAUAGGGAAAAGUUGAUAUUGUAAAGUCGGUAUAAGAAAUUGACGGAUGUAGAAAGUUUAAUAACUACAAGUAUUGUAAAAUUGAUCUGAAAUUGAAACCGUGUAUUUUAUGGAUGCUCAACACUGUGUUACUUUCGUAAAGCACCUCUGUAAUAUAUUGUAAUAUAUUUAAUAUUUAGAUGUUAUUUAAGACUGUAAUUAUUGUUGUAACAUCAUUUUAUGUUCCUAAUUAUUUUCUGUAGCAAUAAUUUCGUAAUAUUAUUCAUGUUAUAAUCGGUAGUGUAAAAAUGAAAAAUACAUGAUUAGAUAGAAGUCUUUGGUAUUUAUUUUAUAAAUCUUGAAUAGCAAAUGUUUUGGUUGUUUAAGUGAUAUGUGCAAUACAACAGAAAAAAUAAUAUUUAGGUGUUAGAUCAAUGAGUAGUUUAGACAUAAGAGAUGCAUUGAUACAAUUACAAAUUUCAAGAUGUUUAAGAAUUGUUCCAUCUGGAGAGUUGAAAUGAUAUCGAAGAAUCUAUACUUAUGGACUUAGUAGUUAAAAUAGUUAUUUUAAAUAAUAUAUUA